AGGAGAAACGAACAAGACGCCAUUUGGGAAAGGGAUCAAGUCGAGGGACCAGAGAAGAAACUUUACUCGGACAUGGAGCGGCUACGUUUGCCGAUCCUGGUACAAAGUCUCCUACAUCCUCAAAUGAGUGUCGUCGUGUGAUCCCUGGCGAAGUUUUUCAUACAACCUCUCGUGCUAGCUAUGAUGGGACGUCUCUCCGCGCGGACUGUUUACGGAACGGAGUUGAUUAACCGGACCGUCUCCUCGGAAACUUGCCAACCUCGGGACUAGACCUCGGGAAAACAGCGAGCGGCCGUGAUGAUGGAUGGCCUGCCCCCCCUACCAGGAGGAUGUGUGGACAGGCGAGGCACCCCUGUGGAGCACGGUGACCGGUACACACCCGAGGGCAAGGACCCCUGUGAGCAGUGCACCUGCCAGCGGGGACGGCCAGACUCCUGCUCCAUCACUUCUUGCUACCCACCAGCCCACUGCCACCAGCCAUACCUCAGGGGUUCGGGCGAGUGCUGUGACUAUGCCUGCAACGGCACCACGCUUGGUUCACCCGAUGGAGCAGAUGUGCAGAGUGCCACUACUCUGGGCCUUCGGAUGGUGGCCAGCACAGUGGCAUCGUUUCUCAUUGUGGCUCUGCUGCUGUUCAUGAUCCAUCGACUCCGCAAGAGGCGCCUGCUGGUCAUGUUACGCAGGCUGAAUGGGUGCCGGGCAGCGGCCAGCCUGGAAGAGGCCUGCCUGGCGCGGCAGCUGGCACUUGAAGAACAGGGCGUGGGCUUCCUGGGUGGCUUUUGCCCUGACCCCCCUCCGCCGUACACCUUCUGGAAGCCCCCAGAGGCUUACGUGCCCCCUGGAGAGGCCCCACCUCCUUACGAUGCUCCUCCUGCAUUACUUGACCGGCAGCUGCAACAGCAGGAAGUCGCACCCAUCUCUACCGAGCCAUUGCCACGUGUUGCAUCGGCCACGCCUCCGUUGCUGUGUGGAGGCUCGUCAACCAGCAGUGAGGCAGGGGAGCUGCCUCAACAGCAACGAGCAAUUCGCUCAGAUGCUUACUAUGAAGAUGGGUUGCGACACGUGACGGUUGUGCUCGUCGGGGACCAAGCAGCACGCAGGCGACUGUCGCACUGCGAGCCCUCCGUUCGACACCUGGUUCAAGACGGUGACAAGCGGCUAAGCUUGCAGGGCCCUCCUUCAAGUCAAAACAACAAUGUGUACCCUGACCCAACUUCCUGGGGUGGGGAAGGUGAAGAAGGAGGAAGUGAGACGAGUUCAAGCUGCACUGCGAGCGUUGACGACCGUCAAGGUGCAUUCAGUCCCACCAGCAGUGAGUCCAGUGCUUCCGCAGAUGCCCCGGAAGUCGGCCAAGUUCCACAGCCAGCAGCCGCUGCUGCCGCAGACCCACCCAGGGCGAGGCACCCUUUAGACAGGACGCUGCAAAGGCUCAAGCGCUUUUCUAUGCCAAAACGCAAGGUUUCCAAGAAGUCCCCCACAGCUGCAGCAUCGUCGUCGGCCGAAGGCAUCGCAACAUCCUGCUGUCUCGGCCACAGCUCGGGCAUGGAGUCAGACAAGAACCGAACUAGGGAAGCCAAGGCUGUGAGCUCUUCUUCACAGGGUAUCCAGCAGCUGCCCGAAAAUGGUGGUGGACUCGAACGACUGCCUGCUCCUCCACUAGAGGCUCAGCACUCUUCUGCUGCCGGCCAGGAGAGUGCAGAAGACAAGGCCACAAGAAAGAAAACGGGCAAGAGAAAGCUGUUCUCACUCCCCUCAUGGGACAGCUCAGUCUUACGGAGAGUGCCGGAAGGCUGCAGCGAAGUGUGCAAUCUAUCAGGAGCCCACAUUGCAUCAGAAGCAGCUGAGCCCACUGCAGGGAUGGUGAGGGAAGUGGUGCGGCCCUGCUCCCUAGACCUUCCGACGGCCACGUCGACACCUAAGACUCUUACUUCUGCCUGCCCUGUGGUCAUCACGGUCAAGUGCAGGCCCGUGAGGACAGAACAGCCCAGUAGUGAUGUGUCGGACCACCAGGCGGAGUCGCCUCGUUCUUCUUCGUCAGCGUCUGCCUCCUCAAAAACGAACAAACAGCGGACGACGGAGAUCACAGGGGCCGAACCGAAGCCAAACGGCUCUGUGACUGUGCAGCCGUAUGGGGAGGCAGUGCAUACCAUUCCACGACAGAGUGUUGCGAGGCAGGUGGCUCGGCUGGAGGCGCAGGGUUUCCGGCCACCUGAUGCUUCGUGCACCUUGCAGAAGCACUGCCGGAGUGCGUCGCACGACAGUCGAUGCCAGGAACGGCUACACUGCAAAGCACGUGGAGGACAAUCGACCUCACACCCAGCUGCUCCAUUUUGAGUGCUUGUGAGUGCAUGGGCUCCCAUUCACCUCCGACAUUGAAGGACUGAUCAGUGAUGGUGUUCCUUCCUUGUGUGAAAUGAACUGAUAGCUUUUUAGUGUAGUUGAUGUCAUAGGAGCAGUGAGUAGGCGUAAGCAAUUCUACAUACCCAAGAUUUGUGCGAGUCAUGCAUGAGGUACUUGAAGCAAAUGCUCAAGCACAUUAUUUGUACCGGUGUGAUGCUUUGGCUAGUAAUGAAGAAAGUUCGAGCUUAAAUGAUCACGCUUAAAUGAUCACACAAAAGGUCAUUUCAUGUGCAUGGAGGAUAUCAAGGUGCUAAACUGCUAGUUUUAAACAUCAAGGGUACUGAGGGGCUCAAUAUUUAGUAGAUACCACAUGAAGCCAAGAACAGUAUGAGAGAAAUGGAACAGUUAAAAAAAAAAUUGAGCUGUGAAAUUAGUAACUAAUAAUUAAAUUUGCCAUAAGCCUAAUUAUGAACACAAACUUGUCUCUCAUUUUUCUUCCUCGCUUCCAUUAUUAAACAUUUUAUGUAUAGCACAAAUUUAAGUGUUCUUUGCCUACAAUAUUACAGUUAUGAAAUUUUAUUUUCCCCAUUGCUUUCCUUGGAUUCAUUGUCUGUUGGCUUCAUCCAGUUUUAAGCUUGUUUUAUUUUUUGUGUUAUCUGUGUGGCUGACUAAAUUUAAAAAGCUCAUCUAAAAGCAGCAGAAUAUUGCUAGGUAAUCAUGAAAUAUAAUAUUCCUGUGCUUGAACGUUUAUUGUUUCAUAACAUGAUAAGUGAUACAUAAAUAUUUUUUUGAUGACUAUAUGCCACAUAAUAUACAAGUGUUCAAGAAAUGGGACCAGAGUGUUCAUUGCCUAUUCUCAUUGUAAUGUUUUGGCAGGAAUUUUUUAUUUAAUUGCGUUACGCAAAAUGUGCAUCGGCCAGUUUAGCCACUUUAUCAAAUUCAAGUAAAUGAUCAUCAUUGGUUAGCAUUUUUUUUGCAAUGCGAUAUGGGCCGGGAUAAUGUAAAACUAUGCCAGUAUGUUUUUAUUCCAACUCCACCAUUAGUCCCCGGCGAGAGGUCAAAAUGGCUUGGGCUUCACACAAAUGGGUACAGUGCUUGCUCAUAUGGGCGGAGCCCGGGCCCUUUUGACCCAUCACGGAGGGCGGAUUUGGGAUAAAAACAGGUUGGAAUAGUUUUGCUUUAUUCUGUCCCCGAAAACUACCUAUUUCUGAGGUGUUAACAUUCCCAAUGUCGCGCUGUGAAUCUCAUUUUCUUUUCGUCAACACUGGUCAGCUUUCAGAGGCCACAAGAAUGCCUCCGUUCAGCAAAGUGUGAAGCAGAAAGGUGUAUCUAUGCAGGGUGACACUGCUAGUUAGUGUGUAUGUGUGCAUUUUGUGAGAUGGUUAAUUUUGUGAGAUGGCUAAUUUCCCACUCCAUAUUUAUUAAGCUACAAUUGUAUGCUCAAUCAUGCCAUAGCUUCCCUUUUUAGCAAGCGCUGAAAUGCGUAUGUGCUCUUUUGAGGAGAGCAAAUGUGUGAGGAUAUCAAGUGUACAGUGGUAUUCCACAUCCUCAGGCAACUUGUACCUGCAAGCCAGCUCCAGUCCGCUAAUUUGCUUUUACAAGAGCUUGUUUGUUUGCGAAAAAAAAAACAAACUAUGCAUGCAAAACAAACAGUGCUGCAGUCAUGGCUGCCUGCUUUUCACAUUUCUAUGAUUGCUCAAGCUAAGUAAUGUUUUAUGGUUCACUUGCAUAAUGCAGGCAUGCGAAGUUGAAAAAUAAUAAAAUUGUAUAACUCUUGUCUGAAGUUCACCGGUGUGGAAAAACGAAAACUGCUUUUACGCAAGUGCAAUAAUGGGAAUGCUUCAAAUGAUGAAAUCCUUUUUUUAGCAUUCGUAAAUAGUUGCAUCCAACAAUAUCCACUGACGAUCUGAAUGCUUCUUGACAAAAUAAAGCCAUCAAAGUGAGAAAAAAAAAAUUCCCUUCGACUCUUGCAGAGUGUGAUCAAAACUGCCAAAACUGCUGAACAUUGCUGCAAACUAUUGGACUGCUUUAAUUCACUGUUGUCAACAAGUUCAGUCAGUUUGAUCUUAUUUCAAAUCAAAAUUGAAUGCCAGUGUUUAA